AUGCCUUCGGUAUACAAUAAGGAGAAGCCAUGGGAUACUGGCGAUAUUGAUAAAUGGAAGAUUGAAGCAUUCACGCCUGCUGACAAUGUCGGAGGUACUUUUGCAGAAGAAUCCUCCUUCGUUACCCUUUUCCCGAAAUAUCGCGAAGUAUACCUUAAAACCGUCUGGCCACUUAUAAUGAAAUCGCUCGAGAAAUUUGGUAUCGCUGCGACUCUUGAUUUGCGCGAAGGUUCUAUGACGGUCAAAACCACUCGAAAGACGUACGAUCCAGCUGCCAUUCUUAACGCCCGAGACCUUAUCAAGUUACUUGCACGAAGUGUACCUGCGCCGCAAGCGAUCAAAAUACUUGAGGAUGGUGUAGCAUGCGACGUUAUCAAAAUUCGAAACCUGGUUCGAAAUAAGGAACGAUUCGUGAAGAGAAGACAGAGAAUCUUAGGUCCAAACGGGAGCACUUUGAAGGCAUUGGAACUUCUUACAGAAUGCUAUCUACUCGUUCAGGGAAAUACUGUAUCAGCAAUGGGUCCUUACAAAGGUUUAAAAGAGAUCCGACGAAUCAUUGAAGAUUGCAUGGCCAAUAUUCAUCCUAUCUAUCACAUCAAGGAAUUGAUGAUUAAGCGAGAGUUGGCUAAGGAUCCUGAAUUGGCGGGCGAGAGCUGGGACAGAUUCUUGCCGCAGUUCAAGAAGAGGAAUUUGAGCAAGAGAAGAGUGCCUAGGAACGUUACAGACAAGGCCAAGAAAGUUUACACGCCAUUCCCACCACCACAGGAGAAGAGCAAGGUGGAUCUGCAGAUUGAGAGUGGAGAGUACUUUUUGGGCAAGCAAGCAAAGGAGAGAAAAGCUCAAGAGGAGAGGAUAGAAAAGCAGAAGGAAGAGAAGGAAGAGAAGAUGAGGAAGCGAGCCGAGGAAUUUGAGGCGCCAGUUGAGGACGGGGAGAAGAAGGAGAAGAAGAGAAAGAGAGACAAGGAUAGUGGGGAGAAGAAGGAAAAGAAGAAGUCGAAAAAGAGGAAGAGCAGUGACGCCGAUGGUGAUAUUGAUAUGGCCGAGGAUUAA